CAGAAGCUUAAAUGAGAGAUUUUUGAAAAUCUGAAUUUCCCAAUUAAUUUACUAUGGGAUUCUUUGAGAGAACUCAUUCCCCAAUACAUUUAACACUAGUCAGUUUAUGGAAAAUCAGCUUAAUUCAACAAAUGUUGAGUUAAAUAGUCUACUAUGCUCAAAGGACUGUGUUGUGGGACAUAUCAGAGAAGAGCAAGACAAGGCCCUUACCCUCAAGGAACCUUGUCUAGCUGGGAAGAUGAGACAUAUCCCUGGGAAAUAGGCAGUGGUUUUUGGGAAGAACUGUUGGCUGAUAACUAGGCUCUCACUGUUGUUCUGCACUAUCUGACACGAUGGGACCAGGCAGACCAGCUUCGACCUGUGUUAACCUAGCCUCUGGUGUCCAGCUCGAUGGGAGGAGUGACCCUUGGACACUUCAGACCCAGCUGCAGUUUAAUAAGAAUGUUCCUGCACAUCCAAGCAACCUGGCAGUCCAGUAUUCCUGCCCACAUGCCAUUAAAAUUGAAAAACUGAAGCAGUCGCACAGUGAGUCAGACCAUUGUAAAGAUUUGGAUUUCAGAAAUGGUCUCGACCUGAACAGUUCUGUUUCAUUUUCUGUCAUAUCGGAAGAGAGACUUAGCUAUGCUGUCCACCUGGCCAAAAGAGAUAUGAAACGAAGACACUUCGAAGAACAUGUAAAAAAGCAUCACCUCACAGGUCAGCCCCAAAUCUAUCAGAAAUGUGGAUACACCAAGCAUAAAAAGUCUGACCUUGGACUGGAAAGGAAGGAAUUGAAGAAUGAACAAGUUUUUCAUUGCAGCCACCAGCCAUCCAAAGUAGAAAUUUCCAACUCAGGGGCCAAGGUUUGCGUAUACUCAUCUCACGCAGGACAGUCAGAUGUGACCUUGCCAAAUUCACCACCCACCCACGAUCUCGGACUUCAGCCACACGGCAGGCCAGGUGACCACAAAAGCCUCUGUGAACCCAGAAGUCUGCUAGAAAUUCAGCGACUCCAGAAAAUAUUGAGCAAUUGUAUCCAUAAAAUUGAAGAAGUAACAAAAGAAGGUAGAAUGCAGGAAGCCUUGGAUCCAGAUGAAGAACGGCGAAUCCGUGUCAGGAGGCAGGAGCAGGCUGCUCGGUCCGCCCGCAUGCUCUAUGUCCUCCAGCAGCAGGUUAAAGAAAUCCAGGAAGAAUUGGAUAAAUUGAGUCCACAUAAAAUUAAACACACUAAGAAGUCAUGGGCAAUGUCCAGGCUGGCAUCAGCCCAUCGAGGAGCCAUUCGGGCCUUACAGACAUUUGUCAUUCAGCUUGCUGACCGAGGGGAGCACCCAGUCCCUGCUCAGUAUAGGGAACUGGGCAGUCUUAUCCGACAGCUGUCACUCUGUUCUGCCAAGGUGGAAGCUGAUUCUUAUGUUGCUGAUGUGGUUAUAGAUAUUCUGCAACAAAUUGAGGCUUUGGAAUCCCUCCUGGAAAAGAAACUGUCACCAAAAAAGGUGAAGAAAAGUUUCACUGAAAUUAGGAGCAGAUUUCCUAUUGGUAACUCACGGUCCUUGGAAAGAUGGCCAAGUUCAUUGCCAAAGAGCGAGAGGAGACCCUUCGUAACAAAAAAGAUGUUUCCACAGGAAACAAGACAACCUUCAAUGGCGAAGAAGGUUCUUGCUGAUAAGUAUCAACCUGAUAUAGAGCUUCCAGUGACCCAGAGAUUGGAGAAUGAGCUUGAUGUAUUAGAUGCGGAUAUCCUUCCAGAAGAAGCUCCAUCUAUUCUUGACCAAAAUGCAAGCUUCAAAGAAGAGGCAUUAGCUCCAGCAAAAACAAAAGCAGUGGGGAAAAAGCCUGUGGCUGAAAAUGUACCGUUUAGGAAGAAAGAUGCUCUGGCACCGGCAAGACUCCAACAAGGACUUCACAAAGCUGAAAAAAUUAGACCAACCCAAUCUCACAGCAUCAGCAGGUUGCAACAGACAACAGUCUCAUCCAGACUGAAAAUGAAGCAGCAGCCUGUGAAAGACAGCAGGGCUCCUUGGAUACCUCCCAACCCCACGUCCCCACCAGCGUCUCCUAAGUGUGCGGCGUGGCUGAAGGUGAAGCCUAGCCCCACAGAUGCCACGAAAGCGCAGUCCGCCGAGCAGGAAGGCGCUCAAGAGGAGAGUCGACUGAGAGGCGCUGUUGAGCACGAAGCAGCCAGACUCGCCUGGCUUGAUGCAGAAACUGCCAAAAGAUUGAAGGAACUUGGAGAAUUAAAAACUGAAGAAAUGGACAAAAUGCAAAAUCAGAGUGUUUCUGCUACCCAGUUAGCAGACGAGGUAGAGAAGGCGGUUCUGAAGCGUUUGAAGCCUCUGCUGGCCAAGGCUCAGAGAGUCAAUUCUUCUCUGGAAGCAGAUAGUCAUUUGAAGGAUCGAUCAUUGGUAAACUCAGCGACAGCCCAGCCUGCAGAGGAGGCUACUGCUGUUGAUUGUAAAUCCAACAACAGUUGUCAGCUGGAUGAUAUUUUGGAAGAUACCGCUCAUGUGCUCCGGGAUGUGACUCACUCUAAGAUCUUGGAUCCUGACUUCUUAGCCACCUCCGGGGACAGCCUGUAUCUGGAGACCAUGAUGUUCCGGAUGGAGGAGAUGGAGAAAUACCAGGAAACAGUUCGCCAAAGAUAUAGUAAAAUUGUGUAUACUGAUCCUCAUCUUUGGAUGCAGGAAGAAAAGAAUGAACAAACCGUCGCAGCAGGAAGGGAAAGGCCCCUUUCUCCUCAUCCGAUGAAGAUCACAAAGGCAGCAGCCAGCAACAACUCUGACGUGAAUGUCCCGAACAUCAUCGUGUUAGAGAGGCCCUGCAACGGCAAUUCCCUGGAUGAAAGUGUGGGAACAGAGGAGAAGUCAGAGAGAAGAGUGGCUCCCCUUCUCUCCCCUUCAGAAGAUUCCGAGCAGAGAAAGGGUCGAACGGCCCUGUGCGUCCCCCCCGGCAUGCGCCGCAGCAUCGGCGACUACUGCAGCCGCUUCGAGCGGUACCUCCGGAUGGUGUCUCACGAGGCUGUGGGCUCCUUCAACCCGUGGCUGAUUGCUGAAAGCUUUUCAGAGGAGCUGGUCGAUGAAGCGCUGGGGGCCGUGACUGCUGAGCUUCAGGACGUGUGUGAAGACUACGCGGAAGCUGUGUUCACCUCGGAGUUCUUAGAGGCUGCCACCUGAAGGCUCUCCGGACGGCCCUGUGUCACACUGGGAGUGGCGGCACCGCCCUUUGAUUUGGGCCACAGCAGCUCUCGCUCCUCCGCUGUCUGUCCAGGCCCAGAGGCGCUGCCUUCUGAAGGGCGGACAUGCGGUGAGGGCCUCCUCGCGGCCUUUGUCACUGUCAGAGCAGUGGUUCUGGUGGUUUGUGGUGGGGUGUGUUACACUGAUUCGUGCCCAGGAAACAUGAAUUGAUUAUGACAGUAUAACAUUUUCUGAAUGUAUGAUUUUCCUACUGAUACAUUCAUGCACUGGCUCAGUUUGGUGAUCAGGAUGUUUUGAAAAGUAAUAGCUAGGUAUCUCAGACAGGGAUUCGAGUUGCUGUUGGACCCAUGGGUGGAUUAGUGCCAACAAAAGUGCAAUUGCUGUCUGGUCCCAUCGCCUGGCUUGUGUUUCCAUGUUUGGCAGUUUCCCAACAGGACACCUGUCCCCACUGGGCUCCAGACCUGUGGGGAGCCCAGGGCCAGUUCUACUGCCCAACUUCUGCUCUGUUGCAGCUCAUUCAGGAUAAGAACCCGCCAGUUAUCUGUGUACAGUGAGCACACGUUUCUCUGAUGUUCACUUCCUAGGUGGGUUUUCACAUUUGAGUUCCUCAAAGUCUCCUAUUAUUGGUUAACAUAUUCUGAUAUUCAGAACUUUCUCUGAAUUCAGAGGGAAUGUGCAUACCUCGAGUGGGCCUGGCCUCCUGUGCCGGGUCAGAGGUCAGAGCUCACUUCUACCUCCGGCGGGGCCAGACCUUUCUGCCUUCCUGAACCACAGAGACCUGUGUGGGAGAACAAUUCCCAUGGUAUUUAGACCUCGGGGUCUCCGGAGAAAGGAAGAAACUUACAAACCAUACAGUUUGGUCCUCGAUGUCUUAUAAGUCAUAUUUACCAAGAGAAAAAGCCCCUGUGUUUUCAGAAACUCUGAAUUCAGAACAAGGAAUGUGUGUAGAAAUAAGGCCACUGCCUGGGAAAAGGUUCCCUUUAUGUUUUGCCUGAGGCUUGAUGAAAGAGAUGUAAAGAAUGAGUGAUGGGAGAGGUACCCCUUGAAUAAUGUGAAUCUUUUCUGUAACAGUGUUGUCAUCGGGGAUUUUUCUCUGAAGUACAAGUAUUCCAGGUGAUCAUUUGAGCUGCUUGGACCCACUUAUUUGUAUAAAAUUGAUUCUUGUUUAAUGUUAAUGUUUUCUUGAUUAAUCUUAUAUAAGCUCAGAAUUUAAAAGGCUUCAUGGGAAAUUGAAGUGUUUAAUUGCAGGAGCUGAAUGUGCACACUGGAACCGA